AAGGUAAAUGAACGCAUCAUAAAGCCUGCUCGGAGUGAGGCUGAUUCAGAAGCAGUGAGGAUGGCGGGCCUGUGGCGGUCCUACCAGGCCUUGAUGGCAAGACGCCCCUGGACGGUGCAGAUUGUGACCGCCGGCUCCCUGGUGGGCGUGGGCGACAUCAUCUCGCAGCAACUGAUCGAACGACGCGGACUCGCUCGACACGACGUGCGCCGCACAGCCAAGAUGAUGAGCAUUGGAUUUUUCUUUGUGGGCCCGGUCGUCGGCAGCUGGUACAAAAUUCUGGACCGCCUGGUGGCGGGAGGAAGCAAGAGUGCGGCCAUGAAGAAGAUGAUGAUCGAUCAGUUGUGCUUCGCUCCGUGUUUCUUGGGUGCCUUCCUGGCUCUGUCGGGCGUUCUGAACGGGCUCAGCGUGCGGCAGAACGUCGCCAAGCUGCGCCGGGACUACACAGACGCGCUUAUCUCAAACUAUUAUCUAUGGCCACCGGUGCAGAUGGCCAACUUCUACUUCAUCCCACUGCAACACAGGUUGGCUGUGGUGCAGGUGGUGGCUGUGGCCUGGAACUCCUACUUGACCUGGAAGGCCAACACCUUGUGAUGCGCCAUCUUGUUUGUUUUUUGUUUGUUGUUGUUGUUGCUCGAAUCAUACUGCGGCUCCUCGACAAUAGACUUGACCAGGCUGACUCAUCGCUCAAUGACUGGAUGACACAUUUAACACAAUUAUGGAAAUCACACUCACAAACAUCCACUUCCUGGUUGGUGUGUCACUGAAGCGUUGAACAACAGUGUUACAAGUUUAGUUCUUUGUGUAAGCCCUUUUUAGUUCUUUCCUAAUUAAAAAAAAAACUUUCUUGAAAAAUUGUUGCCAUUGUGAAUAUGUAGGCAAAGCUAAUUGUGACUAAAUAAAAAAUGAUCUAUCUUAAAUAGGUUUUGCAGCGAUACAAAAAAAGCCCAUUAAAUACAUGUAUACAUACACACACAGCUUGCUGAAAAAACAUUUAUUUCUCUUGUAAGUGCACUUAUGUAAAUGUUUAGGCACAAUAAAAGUGUGACUUUA